GAACCUCCAUCAACUUUUAAUGGAUUUAGUAGCUUGAGGAGUAUAGUCUUUAUGAAUGUUGUGGUUUCUGCUAAAAUGCUUCAACGGUUCCUCUCCAAUUGCCCGCUACUGAAAGUACUCGUUUUGGUUGGAUAUCAAUUAGAAGUAAUUAUUGCCUUUGCAUCGGGAGGAAACGCGUUCACAUUUGUUGAUCUUUUUCAGUGUGCACCUUUGAUUAAAAAUUUGGUUAUCUCAAGGUGUUAUACAAAGUACUUAUCGGCAGGCGGCAUGCCACACCAGCUUCCAACUCCACUAGCCCAUCUCAAAUGUCUGUGUUUAGAUGUGUGCUUGAUGGAACACAAUGAGAUUUCUUCUGUCCUUUGUAUGAUCAUGAGCUCCCCAUUGUUGGAUGAACUUGUGUUGAUGAAGUAUGAUAAGAAGAGGCUGGGAGUUGAACAAACUCCCACCAACUUUCUUGAUCCGGAAAACUACUCAGAUUUGAAGUUGGAUCAUCUUGAGACAUUGGAGAUGAAAAUGACUAGGAGUAACUUACCUCUUGGAAUGGAUCUUGUGAAACUCGUCAUGGCCAAGGCACCCGUGCUAAAGAAAGUACAACUUGAUCUUAAUGCCGGUGUCUCUAUAGAUGAUGAAGUGAUAAUGCUUAGAGAUCUGGUUCUACUCCCAUUUGCGCGGGCCUCACCUUCAGCAAAAUUAAUCAUUAGACGCCGGUAAAGUUGUUUAUGAAGGCUAAUGUAUUGAUGAUGCUAGUUAAUUUUCUUGGUUAAAGCAUUGUGCUUUUAUGGACUAUUUUGUAGAUCUAAGAUGGCCUAAUAUUGUUUCUGAGA